CCUUUUUACGAGGAGCGAGACCGGACGGGCCGAGAGAAACACGGUUACCUUUUCUGUGUUUUGUCCGAAGACCCCUCGUAUGGGGGCCCGGUCUGUUUUCAACCUCCUCGGCCCUUUUCCAAGGGUUUCUCGCCCUUCUUCGUGAAAAUCGCGAGAAAACACGGCGUUUCCACUCGUCUCUUCCAAUCGAGAAGGGGUUUUUAGUAUAAAAGGUUUGGAAGAGAGGUUCUACUGGUGUAUUUCGGUUCAUGGUUGUCGGAGCAGCCGCGGGGUAGGGGGGAGCGAGCGAGAAUGCCAGUACUGCUUCAGUCGAAACAGCGUCGCUCGACCCUUAAAACCUCCAUUAUAAAAUAGUCGCCGGUCCCCAAACGUAAAACCGAUCGCCGUUCCAUAAACUCCUACACCGGGUUUUAAAUACUGUGUGGAAAACAUAUUUUUCAAUCGUGCCGAUAAUAAAAACCUGUUCGCGCCGGAUGCUCAAUUGACUUCACGAGUGUUUACUUGCUGCCUUUCUUGAGAAGUUGAUUUUAUUUAGAAAUGAGGUAUAGUCAACCGGAGAGGGGUCGGUGUUGAUUUGUCCGUGCGGGAUGGACAGUGUUUGCGUUUUUUAUGCUGCGAGCGCGUGUGUUCAGUGCUGUGUUGAGUGCUUCGGGAAAAUGAAGCCCUGUUUGACCCGAGCGCAGGGAGAGGCUGUCUUUCAAAACAUUGUCUCACGUGUUUUCGCUGUCACAAAAUGAGACAAGGACGCGGAGGUCAGCGAAGCAAAAAAUGCUGUAGCCGUCGAGUCGCUCCACCUAUCUCGUUACCGGCCACACUGGAAGACCCAGGGGUAUCUUGGAAGGGGCCCCCUGGGGAUGGUCAGGGGUUCCCGAAUUCGACUCCCAAUUUCUCCGGGGGUCCUCCGAACUCUUACCAAGGGCCCUCACCCUUCCAAGGACCGGGAAGCGGUAGUCCUGCUGGCUCAGGAGGUCCUUACCCCCCGCCGGGGUCUACCACCCCACAGUACACCGCUUCCCCGGCCCCGAGCGGCUCUUCGACCCCGGGGCCGCCCCAGCCCGGGGGAUUCCCUCCGCCCCCGAAUUCUUCGGGUGUCGCGCCUCCUUACAACGGCCCGACAUUCGGAUCCCCUUCGGGGGCCGGGUUCGUCGGGCGUCCGGGGUCCUCCGGGCCUCCUUUCGGACCACCCGGAGGAGGCAACCCCCAUUUCGCAUCUCCGGGGCAACCCUUCGGAUCCCACCAGUUCGGUCUUCCCCCAGGAUCACCUUUCGCCCACGGACCCAUGCCAGGACCUAUGCCCGGACAUGGAAUCAUCCCUCCACAGAUGCAAGCUCCCGUCGACAGGAUAGACCAGGGAUGUGUGCCUGUUCCCAGGAGGCACACCCCUUACUUCGGACAGCCUGACUACAGGAUAUACGAGCUGAACAAGAGGCUGCAACAAAGGACUGAUGAAAGUGAUAACCUUUGGUGGGAUGCAUUCGCCACAGAGUUUUUUGAAGAUGAUGCAACACUCACCCUAACGUUCUGUUUAGAAGACGGACCAAAGAGAUACACCAUUGGGAGGACGCUCAUUCCUAGGUAUUUCCGAAGUAUAUUUGAAGGGGGUGUAACUGAACUGUAUUAUAAUUUGAAACACCCAAAAGAAUCUUUCCACAACACAAGUAUCACACUUGACUGUGAGCAGUGCACUAUGGUGACUCACCAUGGAAAACCGAUGUUCACAAAGUGGUCAGAUAGGGCACCUCUAGACGAAGCUGGUUCUUGCCAGGUGUGCACGGAAGGAAGGCUUAUCUUAGAGUUCACAUUCGACGACCUGAUGCGGAUCAAGUCCUGGCACCUCUCAGUGAGGACUCAUCGUGAAUUGGUCCCCCGUUCAGUCGUCACUAUGCAUUCACAGCAGGAUCCGGGCAUGUUGGAUCAACUUAGUAAAAACAUCACGAGGCAGGGGAUAACAAAUUCGACCCUCAACUACCUCAGGCUGUGUGUAAUAUUAGAGCCCAUGCAAGAACUUAUGUCAAGGCAUAAAGCUUAUGCUCUUUCUCCAAGAGAUUGCUUAAAAACUACGCUCUUCCAAAAAUGGCAGCGGAUGGUAGCACCUCCUGAAUCACAAAGGCCUGCAAACAAGCGGCGAAAAAGGAAAGGUUCACAGUCUGGGGGUGCAGCAAACAACGCCCCUCCUGCUCCAAAUAAGAAAAGAUCUCCAGGACCCAAUUUCUCUCUUGCAUCCCAGGAUGUCAUGGUUGUCGGAGAGCCAUCACUGAUGGGAGGCGAGUUUGGAGAUGAGGACGAGAGGCUGAUUACGAGGCUAGAGAACACGCAAUACGAUGCGGGCAAUUCGAUAGAACACGACCCCCAUUCUUUUAGUGAUUCCCCACUUGCGGGUGGACCCGGUGGGGGUGGCACUUGGGGUGGAGGAGGGCCUGGUAGCGGUGGUGAAGGCGGACGGGGGCCUCCUCCACAAGGUGGCCCACCUCAGCAACAGGGAUCCACACCCACCAGUCAGGACACUGACAAAAAAUCACCUGCCUUCUUUGACCAGUCGAACACAAGUGCAAGUGCUCUGAACAAUGGUGUGUGCAAAAAUGUGUGACCAGUGAGCUAUCCUUAGAAGGAGGAAUGUGUGUGAGUGUGUGCGCGAAAGGGCAUUAUCUGUUCCUCCUUUCUGUACAAAAAAAAUGUAAUAAUAAUUUUACGCCCUUUAUUGAAAUUUUUUAAAUAUAUAAAUAAAUAAAUAUAUAAUAUACAUUCAUACAUUCACACACACACACAUACAUACAUACACAAACACACAUAUACAACACACACAAGAUAGACGAACAAAAAUUAUAUACAAAGUAUUUAAAUAUGGAAUAAGUCAAGAUUUGUGAAAAUCAGGAAGAAAAUGUGUCAAAAACGAGUACAAAGCCCAUUUUUGCUUACUGUACAAAAUGGAGAAAUAAGAAAAGAGGAUAGAGUCCAUGAAUGAAUGUGCAAUUCUUUUGUCUCUUAAUAUGUUUACUUAAUUAUUCUAUUGUUAUUUUGAUAUAUAAAAGAAUGGGAAAAUGUGUAUAAAUAAUGAAGAGACCAUUGAAUGUGAGACAGAUCAGUAUUUUCCCAAAAAGCCAGCCACUAUUUGAACACAAAAGGCUAACUUAGUGUAGUGGACAUUAUUAUACGUAUGUGAAAAAUUCCUUACUGUAUAUUUAUUCUUUAUAGUGUUACAGUAGUGUAGAAAUGAACAUCACAAAUCGAUAGACUAUUUGGCAGUCCGAAUGCAUUGUGAUAGGAAAAGAAAGGGGGUGUUAGAAGUCAGUUUGUAAAGUAUUAAAGAAUAGAUAAUAUUUAAAACAUGAAAAACAUUAAUUAUAAAUUGAAAAAAAAAAGCCUGUUUGUUAUGUGAAUUGAAGAAGUGAAACAAAACAACAAAUGAUUACUGAUGAACAAAAAAGAUUAUCGAUUAGCUCAUUGCAAUGUCUGGCAUUAGCUGUCAAUUUGUAUAAAUUUGAUUAAAUUUUCCAUUAGCACAAGUUUGUAAAGUUGCUGUAAAACUGAUUAGGGUGACUUUUAUUUAAGACAACUUUAAAGAAACCGAUAAGUUAUAUUGAAACAAGAGAAAAAAAUUGUAAAUCCAUUUAUUUAUUUCUUUUUAUUGAUGCACAAGUACCUGUUUUGACACAUCACAAAAAAAUUUUAACUACUUAAUAAAAGUAUCACUGUUUUAAACCUAAACUCUACAUGAAGUGUUUAAUUUUUUAUUUUUCAAAUUAAAGGGGGUUCAUUGAGAUUUACAAUGAAGGCAAUGGAUGAAACAGACCAUGAAACAGCUAGCCCCCAAAUAGAACAAACAUAAUUUUGUGUUAAUCAAUGUUGCUAUUAUGCAUGAUACAGGGAUUGUUUUCUGCUAUCAUUUCAAAUAGUACUUAGACAAUAAGUACUAGGUUUUAUUAUAAACGCUAUAUAUACAUAUAUAUGUAUUCCAUUUAUAUUAAUUAUAUGUGUAUAUAGCUAUUGCACAUCACAUUUUAGUAUUUAUAUAGCUUUAUUUGUUACUAAUUGAUAGC